AUGACCGACACAUUUCGCUCGACUGUUCGAUGUCCGCCCCUCCGGCAGGCCCGGGGGACGGUGCUUAAUACUAUAAUGGAGGAUACACGCGAGUCACAUUUUGCACAGGCAAGCCCUAAGGCGUCACUCCUUAGACCCACGCCAGCAGCAAUCAGCCCGCAGCUCAGGCUGAAGACAAGCGGUCUCUCAGUGCCCACGCAUGCACGUCUCGCUCGUCUAAGAUCGCCUCUCUCUGCAGGGACAACCUCAUCAUGCUGCUCAGAAGCGGACACGGAAUGGCAACGGCAUUCGCAAGGCUAUGAUGAUCUGUACGACGCCACAGAUGAUGAUAUGGAUGACAAUGAGACGGAAUUCAGCGAUUCGUGCUUUUCCCCCGACACUCGGCCAUCAAGUUUGGUGACACCAAUCACUCGGAAUUCGGUGACCUCAAUAGGAAGUCGCAAACGCCUUCUCACACUUGAGAUUCCCUCGCCGACAGGAUGGCCAUCUAUGACUGGAGGUCACAAGAGCUCUCCAGUACCGCCGACUCCUCCACCGAAGAUCCCUGUAUCCCCUGCAGCUCUAUCGAUGCUCGGCCGCGCUGUACCUGCAUACCACGCUCCCCCUUCGCUCGAUGGUAGCAUCUCUUCAGACCAGGAAUCAGUCAUCAGUGGAUUGGCCACGCCGGAUUCUCAGUCCCUACCAGAUACAAAUUGGACUGCGCAUGAUAUACAUGUUCGACGUGACCUGGAUGGAAGUGAUAGUGAGAUGGACAAUGGAGAUGGCAGCUCAGAUAUUGAACAGCCCAUCGCCAUUGAGAGCUCGCAUGAGGACUGGCGCCAUGUUUUGGGAAACUUCCCGCAGAUUCCUUCCGCUGCUCAGAGAUAUUCGCCCUCGCCCUCGCCAUCGCUGCAGUUGAACGAUGAGCCAAUGCGCGAGUCCACCCCCACGAAUCAAGGUGUCUUUCUGCCCGACUCGGCUCUGGCCAUGCUACACCAUAUUCGUCUGGAUGGAACACCGGACUCGUGGUCUGAAAGUUCCGAGGGGAAUGGCGAGAUGUGGCAGCUUCAGGCACCUCCCAGUCGUCCACGUAGUGCCGAUGGGGUGACCCCGGCCUCUGAGCUGUCUGGAUACAGCUUCAGUGACCUGAGCAUUCCGUCACCUGGUGGUUUCUUUGCCUCGCUUGCGCCGCGCGCCCGCCAUACCUGGUCCAUCCCAAACAUCAACCACCAGCCAACGUCAGCAGCGGCAGAGGGGUUCUACAACUUGCCAUGGCGUCGGGAGGAGGGGGAAAUUGUGGAACAAGUGGUUGACUGGCCCGAACGUCCUGUCGAUGAAGACCCAGUUACCGCUGUUCGUGAUGAAGAAGGACCGCCUACUGCAAUUCGCCUCUGUGAGACACCAACCCGUCGGUCCAUUUAUCAAGAUAGUCCGAUGAGCGCGGCCUUUGAUACUGUUCAAGUGCAGGAGAUCCCUCGCUCAGGAAACGGAUACGAGUACGACGAGCUCUAUGACCAAGAGCUGCAGCACCGUGCAGUUGACAAUCAUGACCGAACCAGUGUUUGGCUGGCUGCCCAGGCCUCCUACCUCUCAGCUCUCAAUGAGACCAACCCGGUCAACGAGGUUGAGCCUGCCCAGGCUACUGAGGACCAGACUAUAGCUGUCGAGCCUCAAGUACAAGAAAAGACCGAAGAAACUUCCAAGAAGAUGGUCCGGUUCUCCGAAGCAAUUCCGGAGGCAUUGAGCCCCUUGCCACCCAUCCUUGCGAGUAAAGAUUCUAUUUACUGGCAAGGCUUUCAAUCUAUUCGGCAACGGUCUAGCAUAACUGAUGGGUUCCUUCAUCGGAACAUGCGCUUUGAUGCCGUUCAAUCCAUGCGUCUUGGAAUGGGUGACCUACACAUUAACUGCUUAAUGGGAAAAUAUGAGCUGGUCCGCCCAGAGCGACCUGCAUACAAGGGUCCUUUUGCGAAGGCUCCUCGUAACUCGGUGAUCACGUCUGAGCUCGCUGAAAAGGCCAAAUUUGACAAGCUUGAGAAGGAACAGCUGGUCCUCGCCCAGCUCUGUCAAUCUAUGUGGGCCAUGGACGCUCUUCGGUCUCUGAAUGGCGGUAAACUCCUGAUAAGCCCUGCCCAGCGCCGGCUUGCACGUACCACCUCCAAGCCGAGCCCAACCAAGGGACCAGGCAAACGUAGCUUCCGAAUCCUUGAUCUCGGGGGCCACUCCUCUUGCGACUGGGCCUGGCAAGCAGCUCAUGAUUUCCCCAAUGUCAAGGUCUACACGGUGUCAUCUAAGACACAAAUCGUGAACAGCGCUAUCAAAGGCCCACCCAAUCACCGCCAGGUCACCGUCCAAGCCCUUUGGGAGCUUCCCUUUGGUAAUAAUCAGUUCGAUGUGAUAUCCGCACGCUCCCUUCACGCCCUGCUCAAGACCGAAUGUCCCUCUGACAAGGAUAGCGAUGAAUACGACCUUGUGCUCAAGGAAUGUAUGCGCUGCCUCAAGCCAGGUGGAUAUCUUGAGUUCCAAGUCUUGGACGCCGAAAUCUCCCGCGCAGGACCUCACGCCUCAGCAACAUCUGUGGAGAUGGCCUUCAAUCUCCGCAAACGCGGCUACGACCCUGUCGCUUCAAAGAGCUUCCUUGCUCGUCUCCACAACACCGGCUUUACUGGCACAAAGCGCGCUUGGAUGUUCCUUCCCAUGGGCACGGAGCCUGUCGAGCGCGAACCACCACGUGAGACCCCCGCCCCGCGUGUGCAGAGUCAAAUUGAGGAAUACGAAGCCGUGCAAGGGCCAAUUGGUAGCACCGCCGAUACCGCCAGUAUCACUGGUCUGAUUGGUGGAUGGAUGUGGGAGUCCUGGCUGGUGAAGUUGCGGGCGGAAAUGGGUCGUGAGAGAUCCAAGCUGCUUGAGGGUGUCGGGGCUGUCUUUGAUGAGGGGAGGAAGAAUGGUGCUGGUUGGACUUGUUUGUCUGGCUGGGCUAUGAAGCCUAGGAGGAAUGCUGGUCGUUCCUCUGGAAUUUAG